AUGGGGCGAAUCAAUGAUGCCUUUACUGUGGUCUAUAUCGGUAUCGCUGGUGGGCUAUACCUAAGACCCGAGUAUGCCAUACUCAACUCCAGGCUUCUUUCUAUAACCCUCCUCCUCGUCGCAAUAAUCACGUUCAAGAUAUUGUAUCAAUUUUCUCUUUAUCCGAAAUACUUCACUCCACUGAAGCACAUUCAGACACCAAAGGAACGCACUUGGCUGCGGGGCAACACCAAGAGUAUCUUUCUGGAAACGCCCUAUGCAGAAAUCAGAGAAUGGAUUCACACCAUGUCCAACGAUGAUAUCAUCCGUUAUUAUGUUGUCGGAAACUUGGAACGUGUGAUGUGCACCAGUCCAAAGGCCCUGGGCGAGUUACUCGUCACUAAAGUGUACGACUUUGAGAAGCCCGAAAUCUUUCGGAAGAGUUUCCGCCGUAUUGUAGGCGAUGGUAUCCUCCUUGCCGAGGGUGAAGAGCACAAGAUUCAGCGAAAGAACCUAAUGCCAGCUUUCGCCUAUCGCCAUGUCAAGGACCUAUACCAAGUAUUCUGGGCGAAGAGCAAAGAAAUGGUCAACAUGAUCCAAGAAGAUCUAGACGAACCCAGCAGAAAGACAGGAUCUCACACCGAUAACACAAUCAAAAUCGACACAUGGGCUAGUCGAACAACAUUGGAUAUAGUCGGCAUCGCAGGAAUGGAUUACGACUUCGAUUCUCUACGACACAAAGACAGCGAAGUCAACCGAACCUACCGCCGAAUCAUGGACCCACCAUCAACAUCCAUGAAGAUCCUCUUCGUACUCGGGAUGCUGAUCGGCAAACCCGAACUUGCCCAGAGCCUCCCAACAGCCCGCAACAAAGAAAUCCAAGAAAGCGGCGAAGUAAUCCGAAGUGUGGCACGUCAAAUGAUCCGACACAAGAAAGCAAAGAUGGAAGACCCAACAGCCGAAACAGGCAUUGAUAUUAUAUCCGUGGCAUUGAAGAGCGGCACCUUCGACGAAGAAAACCUAGUCGAUCAAUCCAUGACCUUCCUCGGUGCCGGCCACGAAACAACAGCCACAGCCCUCCAAUGGGCCAUCUACGCACUAUGCAAACACCCAGACGUACAAAGCAAACUCAGAGACGAGAUCCGCUCCAAUCUCCCCUCCAUCAACGACAAUACACCCAUGUCCGCAGCCUCAAUCGAUAACCUCCCCUACCUAAAUGCAGUCUGCAACGAGGUACUGCGCUACUACCCCUCCGUCCCGACAACAGUCCGCAAAGCCGUCCGGGACACAACACUUGGAGGCAAACACAUUCCCAAAGACACGACUUUAAUUCUAUCGCCUCGGAUUAUCAAUCGAAUGGAAGAACUCUGGGGCGAAGACGCAGACAAGUUCAAUCCUGAUCGAUUCAUGGGACCUGGCAAGGCGAAUACAGGAGGUGCAGUGAGUAAUUAUGCUCUGCUGACUUUCUUGCAUGGUCCUCGCAGCUGUAUUGGGCAGGGAUUUGCUAAAGCCGAGCUUGCUUGUAUGGUUGCUGCUAUGGUUGGGAGAUUCCAUAUUGAGUUGAAGUUUCCUGAUGCCAAGUUGGAAUUGAGGGAGGGUGCUACUGUCUGUCCUAGGGAUGGGGUUGUUACUUUGAUGACCCCAUUGGAGGGGUGGUAG